GUGUGUCUCUCUCUCUUUCUGUGUGAGUGUGUUCACAGCUUGCCUUGCCUGCAUGUCUAAAGAAUAUUCUUCCAUACAUUAUAGAGCCAGGGUGUGUUUGUAACUGUGUAUCCUGUGUUUUUAGGUGGAUGAAAAUGAUUCUAAUCAGGGAUACAACAAAGUUCUGGAGCAUGGCCCAUCUCCCAUGGAGGGGGAUCAGAUGGCUGAAGAGAGGCAUGGUGUGUCCAGGGUGGAGGUGUUGGAAGGUGGGGGGAGAGGGGCCCUGUUGGGUCCUGCUUGGCCCCAGGAGCUGGCCUGCUCCCUGUGCAAACGGCUGUUCAGCAGCCUGGAGCAGCUCAAGAGGCACGAGUACCGCCACACCCUGUCCCUCAUGGCCCUCUCCCUGGACUGGCCUGACCCACAAGGCCCCCAAGCCAACCACCACCACAACCAGACUCACGGAUUCUCUCAGGGCCCCAUUCCUUCCCAGUCUCUCUAUCGCCUCCCGGUGGGUGAGCCUUUCCCAGCACGGUACCUCUGCUCCCAGUGUCCAGCCACCUUCACGCUCAAGUCCAACGCAGACCGACAUGAGAAGACCAUCCACUUCAAGAGGAAGCUGAUGCAAUGCACCUACUGUCUGAAACACUUCAGAGACCGUACUGAUCUACACAGACACCUGUCUUCUGUACACUCCAGAGAAAGAGGGCACUCGUGCCCGGCCUGUGCCAAGGCGUUCAGCACCCAGAAGAACCUGGCCACACAUGUCAAGGUGUGCUGCCAGGUGGGGGUGGGGUCAUGGAGAAGGGUCGGUAUGGGGGUGGGGCAGGGUGGGGUUGCUGAGCAACUGUGGGGCUUGCAUCAUGAGAUGAAGGUAGACGCCCAUAGCAACCAUAAUAGUCAUCAUCACCAUGUGAAUGUGGUCGAUUGA